UCAGACGCACUAGUUCGGCUCCGACAGUCAAACGAGUAGGUUUGUGGUUUCUUUCGUUCGGAUUUAUUCUCUCCCAACAUAAAUUUUGUGUCAAAUUUUCCCCGGGGGUGUUAAAUUCGGACUCGUAAAAGAAAAAGUGAGUGCCCGCGGGCUCUCGUUACUUGUUUCAAUAGAAAAUUAAAAAAGAAGAAAAUAAAAUAGAAAAAAUUCAAAAAAUUACUAAAGACUGUAAAUUUUUCUCUUAUUAUUUGAAUAGUUGAGUUUUGCCAGGGGGCUUGACCUAUUCGAUAAUGAGGGACAUGGCGGGCAAAAUUGCCGAAUUAAAAUUCGAGGCACCCCUGGCACGAUUCGAAGAGGAGGACACGGCCAGUAUCAAGAAUAUGAACCUGCUGACAGAACAAUUGUUGGAUGCAAACCUCGAGGCUAGUUUCGGUGAAAAUUGCAAUGCAAACGAGCCAGUGACGACACACGAAAAUGGAACGGAUAUUCUUCAGGAGGGAACUUUUAGUCCCUUCAGUGGAAGUUUAGAGGACUUAGUGAAUACCUUCGACGAGAAAAUCACUUCCUGUUUCCGCGAUUAUGGAACCGAUGUCGAGUCCCUGGCGCCAGUACAAGUUCGAACACAAGAAGAAAUUAUGAACGAAUGCCAAAUGUGGUGGACAAUUACUGGGACUUUUGGAAAUAUUUUGCCAAUUGAUUGGAGUAAAUCUUUUGCGAGAAAAAUGCACAUGCCAGCCUUGAAUCUGAACGAGGCUGCCAUAAACUUAGAUAGGCCAGAACUCGAGGACUUAAGCAGUGAAGAUGAAGCUGUUGCGACUGAUUUGGAUAUGCAUGCGUUAAUAUUGUCCAGCAGUACUGACUCACACAGUCCUGAAGAACCUCUCAAAACUGCAGAAGAAGUUCUUCGUGAAAUCGACGAUAUUAUGCAGGAAAGUCCAUCAAUGGAAAGAUCUCCCGAUUCCGAAGACUCUCUUCUGGACACUGACGAAGCUUUAGAAAGAAGCAGAGAAGUUUUGGGUUCACCGCUUAACGACAAAAAAUUGCGACAGCUCACAUCCGGCCAAUUGACUGAACUCCUAAGCGAAAUGGAGUCAUUAGUGGGAGCAUUAAGUGAAACACUUAUUGCCGAACUUGCACUUCGCGAUGAAUUGCAAAUCGAAAAAGAUCUGAAGAACACAUUUAUCUCGUUAGUAUUAGCCAUACAAAAUCGUCGAAGAGCUCAUCAUGUCACAAAAAAGAGGAACCAAAAUAUACAAAAAUUGAUAUUGAAUGGUACAAGUCCAUUGCCACAACAUAGAUCCUUCCAAGAGUCGAAGUACUUAACAACAGUCAUUCCAUACCAUACAGAUAGUGGACCACCAAAUAAUCAGGCACUUCAGGUUCUCAUAAAAAUAUUGAAAGCAAUCGACGAGGAUAGUCCAACUGUACCCACGUUACUCACAGACUAUAUAUUGAAAGUUUUAUGUCCGACUUAGUGAGACUGCACGAUAUCCCUUUAUUGUUACAAGACGAAGAUAAAAAACAAGUUAAACAUCAUGAUUCGUAAAGAUUAAUACGAAAAAUGAAAUCAUCUCUCUUCUUCUUGCCAAUGCGCUUUCAAACGUUGUUGUGUCGCAUGUUUAAAAAAAAAAAUUUUUAAGCCAUCGAUCUUGCUUCUAAGCUAUACGUUUACAUUAAAAUCUAUCGCCUCUGUAUAGAAGUAAGACGAAAAGCUCCCUCUGAUACUCUCUUCUAGUCUUAAUUUCAAUCACUGAUGUAGUUUGUACAAUUUUUUUAUAAGACUUGAUUAUUUCAUAAAAUAAUGUGUAUUAUCAUUUUCCUCACGCUCAUAAAAAAAGGAAAAUGAAAAUUCAAAAUCUCAUUGCAAUCGUAUAUAUUUAAAAAAAAAAAAUUCUAAUUUUAUUCUGUUAUUUUAAGUGAAUAUUUUUUCAUAAAAUAAUUAUUGAGUUUUUAUAAGUUUUUGUACAUAAAAUGUACCGGAUAAAUUAUAUAUAGGUAUAUAUUUCGCAAAAAAGGAAAAAAAAAUAAUGAAAAGUGAUAAAUGUAAAUUUUAUCUCCUUAUGGCUUUAGGGAUGUAAUCAUUUAUGAUUGAUUAUUGAUAGAAUAUUAUUUCCAUACAGGAAAUACAUAAAUUAUUAAAUAGUGUAAAUUGUUGUAAGCCAGUGUAUUUAGGAAUAAUUUAUUGAAAACUGACGUCAUGUGCAAAAAUAAAUAAAGCCGAUGAUAAUUGUAUUAUG